GGCGAGAGAGUGAGUAUAUUGGUAGAAGGAUGCUGAGGAUGGAGCUCCCAGGCAAAAGAGCGAGAGGAAGACCAAAGAGAAGGUUUAUGGAUGUGGUGAGGGAAGACAUGAGGGCAGUUGGGGUUAGAGAGGAAGAUGCAGGAGAUAGGCUAAGAUGGCAAAAGAUGACACGCUGUGGCGACCCCUAACGGGACAAGCCGAAAGGAAAAGAAGAAGAAGAAGAAGAAGAUGAUUCAUGUUGUAUUUUUGCAAUGUAAAUGUUUAGUUAGCUGCAGGAUUGUUGCUUGAGGGUUUGUUGAAGUAAGUGUUCAAGCUAAUGCUAAAUAUUGUGUUUGUGUGUGUGUGUGCGUGUGUGUGCGUGUGUGUGCGCGCUUGACUGUCGGGGACAGGUAACAGACAGGAGCAGACCUUCCAACCACGAGGCAGAAUAACCCUCAAGGUCUGUUGAAUCAUUGGCAGUCUACCCAAUGAUUCUAGAAAGGGGAGAUGUGGUGUGAUUGUGUUGAUGUCACGAGGGGGCAACAAGGAAGUAAGUUAGGAGGUUGGCGGGAGAAAGAAAAAUAAAGUGCAUGCACAUUUAAAGACAUAAGGGACUUACGUCUAUGUUAUUUGAUAACACGACAAUGUGUAUUUUUAUUCUUUAUUCUCUUUAUUAUCCUUUCGCACUUUGAAGUGGUUCUUUUGAAAUGCUGAAUUCUGGAAUGUUCCGUGAAGUGUCUAUUUAAGGACAAGAAGGACUGUUGACGGGAGCUUAUGACCACUGCUGCCAUCAGACAGGUACACGGACGCUACGCUGCAUUCGGCCUUUCUUUUUGACAUUUCUGGAACAUUCGUUCACUUAGAAUAUUCGCUGGAAAGAGCAUUUGCCUGUUUGGGAAUAUCCAUUUGACUUUGGUGACAAGUCGGUCUUUGAACUUCUAUUUUGUUUUGUGUUGUAUUGCUGUGUGUAUGAUUAAAUUAUCUUAUACAACAAUCUAAUACAACUGAUUUGUCAUAUCUUACUGGUUUGAGUAAGGGUAUCUAUUCUAAAUUCACACGUAAAAAUUGCUUAAAUGUUGCAGUCUUAUCCUUUUGAUAGACUGUAACAGAAUAGACAACUAAACAUGUCCAUAUGAAGAAACAGAAAUUGUAUUCAAGGGAAAAACAGCAAAAAAAAAAAAAAUUGCAAAUACUUUCAUGAGUGCCGUAUAAAUUUAGGUACCUUAAGAAUGUUGUAGUUUCAUGUUCAUUUGUGUUAUUAUUUGAGCUGUCACAUGGUUUAUUUCUGAGUGGGAAUGUAACAGUAGCUGGAGGGGUGAAAGCGUGUGAUCCAGUUGCUUGAAGAUAGUUUGUGUUCAUGAUUAUCAAUUUGUUUAACUGUGUUCUUUAUCAAGUAGUGACACAGAAGUACACAUGUAUAAGUGUCCUGUUUCUAAUAGCCAGUACCUGUGUUAUUGGUGUUUCAUUUACCAUUGAGUAAUGAAAGAAGACAUGCAGCAACUGCUAAAUUUGCAAUAAAUAAAACAUUAAAUAAAAUGGCUGGCAUUGUGAAGUGACUGGUUGGACCCUUGGCUUCACAGUUCUGAGGACCAGGGUUCAAAUCGUGGCCUCACCGAUGUUGAGUUUAGAUGUUCUCCCAGUGCCUGCUUGGGUUUUCUCUGGGCACUCCAUUUUCCUCCCACAUCACAAAAACAUACAUUCACUGGAGACUCUCAAGUUUCCUUCGCUGUUAUUGUGAGUGUGAAUGGUUGUUCGUUUUUAUGUGUCCUGCGAUUGACUGGCAGCCAGUUCAGGGUGCAACCUGCCUCCUACCUGAUGAUAGCUGGAAUAGGCUCCAGCACUUCUGUGAUCCUUGUGAGUAUAAGCGGCUCUUAAAAUUAAUGGAAUAAUCCAUUUUGUCUGUCUAAUAGGAAACGUUUUGCAUUUUUGUAUAUUUUGUAAAAUUGCAGAUAAUUCCGUCUGUUUAAAUUGCAUAGAUUAAAAAAAUAUUCCGACCAUAACUCAUGCCAUAAUCCACACUCGUUCAUGUUCAAGCGAGGCGGAAAAAUGUGAUACGAGUCUGUUGAUUCCUCGAAUGUGGAACAGGCAGGUAAUGGGCCCAUUUGCAAGUGAACACAAUGGGGGUGCUCGAGAGCAAAGACCCUUCGUGAGUGAAAGAAGUUGAUAGAAAUGUCUAAAAUAAGUUUCGAUGGUAUUGGAUGUAAUGAGAAAUCGUCGAUAGCCUUGGAAAGAAGGGAGUUACCACUUUGUCAAGCGACUUCAAUCGCAAAAUUGAUCGACCUGGUAAAGCAUUGUGCACGUGGUGUCGGGAUACUAUUGACUAUGGAUCAAGAGGUUUCAAGGGAUUGGAAGUUCACAUAAAACAACAAAAACACGUCAACAACUGGAAGCAAGGAAAAUAAACUUUUCCAUAGCUGGUACAUUCGGAUGUCAACCCAAGGCCAUCAAACCUUACGGACUUCAUCCUUUGUGUACUUCCACUACUCCGGUAUUGAGAGGCAAGAUCCACUGAAACAAUGAACCUCAGUUGCAGACAGGGUCGUCAAUAACAAGGUGACAGUUCAGAAGUAAUUACUUGAAAAGGUCUGCUAUAUUGCAAGUUCUCCCACUUAGAAAUCAUUGGAUGAGUCUAAAAUUUUCAUUGUAGGUGCAUGUCCACUGUGAGAGUGAUAAUCUAAAAAGAAAAAUCCAGAAAUCACAAUUGCAUGAAUUUUUUUUUUUUUUUAAAGAUUUAUUUGUGUGAUACAACUGCAAAUAAGUAUUUCAGUGAUGAAAAUCCUCCGGAUUUUCCUGGAAUUCCAGAUUUUUGAAUCUUCAUGAAAAUUCCUCUGGAAAAUUGAGGAAAAAUUGCCUAAAAUUAAUUCGGAUAUUAGUUGACAACAUUGAACGAACACGCGUUUGAGUUCGUUGUUUUGCUUUCACAAGGCUAUGUUGAGGCACUAACACUAGGAACAGUAACGCCCCUCCUCCUCUCGCAUUCUCAUGACCUCGCCAUUUCUCGGAGAUUUCGAAAUUUUGGCGAGAACUGAAGCCACAAAAGGUGCACAUGUGCACACAAAAGGCAGAUUAAUCAUUGAAUGUCGACUAUUUGAAUAGCGUUUUCUGUAAACUAAUUGACCCCUCCGUACAGGGCACUUAAACACGCCUCCUGAAGUGACAUCACGCCACGUGCGCCGACGUAAGACAAACAAUUAGAAAAAAUGGCGGCGCAGCACGAAAAGAAUAGGGCGAGACUGUCCGAUUUACCAGCUGAUUUCUCACUCGCAUUCUUAGAUAACAGUGAAAUAUUGUUGAAAAGCAGACAGCAGGGGUUCAAGUACUUCAGCGAGGGGUAUUUGAACGAUAUUUCCAUGCAUAUCGACGGAGAAACCAUCGAAAUUAGCGCGAGGUCUUUCCGGAGUCAAAGGAAGACCGAGCAGCCACAUACAUUGCAUCUGCAGUUGAAUCCCACAAGGAUAUCCGAAGCUCACUGUACAUGUCAAGCGGGUGUUUCUGGAUCCUGUUCACAUAUUUUUGUCAACCCCAAACUUGUAAGAAAGAAAAGACCUGUGAGGAACACACUGAAAGACUGCAGAAACAUUAAAGUCCACAAAAAAGAUAUUGAUCACUUAAAGUCUUUGGAAGAGUGUUCAAUGGCCUAUGUGGUGUCCAGCCCAAGACUGACAUUGAACACUCAUCUGGGUACAGUGCCUGUUGCCAGUGGUCUUGCAACAUCUGCCACGUUCUUUGAACUAGAAGAUGCAAAGACAGUUGGGACCUGUUGUGGAAACCUAGCCUUACCUCAGUCGGCAAAAGUUACCCCAGCUGAUUUAUUCAAGACAUGGUUCACUGAACUACAUCAAGAACAGUGUAUCAAGAUUGAAGAAAGCACAAGGGACCAAGCCAACAGUACUCUGUGGCAGACGGAAAGAAAAAAAAAAACGUCUGACAGCAUCAAAUUUUGGAGCAAUUUUGCAAAGAAAGAAAAUUACUGACAAAUUUAUGAUGGAAUUAAUCGACCCAAAACGUUUCAGCUCAGUGCAAACUUCGUAUGGACAAAAAAAUGAAAAAGUGGCAGUUGCACAAUAUAUCAAGAGUACAGGAAACCAUGUGCAUGACUGUGGACUAAUAGUAAAUCCCAAAUUUCCUUAUCUUGGAUCAACACCCAAUUCCAAAGUGUGCUCUAAUGGAAUUACAGGAUUCCUUGAGGUCAAAUGCCCCUACUCUGCACGGGAUGUUACUGUACAAGAAGCCAGCGCUUCAGACAGUUUCUGUUUGGAAAAUAAUUAUGGACAAUUGAGGCUCAAAAGUAAUCACAACUAUUACUACCAAGUACAAGGGCAGCUGCUCACAUCUGGAGCUGAGUUUUGUGAUUUUGUGGUCUACACAAGAGUAGACCUAUUUGUUCAAAGAAUAUACCCAAACAUUGACUUCAUGGAGAAUAUGUUGAAUAAGAUGAGUCAAUUUUAUUUCCAACAUGUACAGUCUUAUAUCAGAAGACAUUCAACUGACCCAUGAAUUUCUUUUUAGGGUUGUUUACAUUUGUGUCACAUUGGAUGUUUGUGUUCUUCCCUAUAUGGAUCAUAAACUUCGUUUUGUUGUAACUUGAAUAAAGAAACAUCUUACAUCU